CCCCCCGUUUUUUUUUUUUUUUCCCCUCCUCCGCCAUGAGUUCUUACGUCGCCAAUUCGUUUUAUAAGCAAAGUCCCAAUGUUCCUGCCUAUGCCAUGCAAAGUUAUGGAAAUUAUGGAAGUGUGCCUGAGGUUCAGUCAUCCAGGUACUGCUACAGUGGCUUGGAUCUAAGCAUCACAUUCCCCUCCUCUGGGGCUGCCAACUCUCUGAGCGGCUUGGACAUGUCUGCAGCCCCCCGAGCUAACCCCGAGCGACCUUCCUGCACGGUCAUGGGUUCUUCAGGGCAUCCUUUAGCCAGAGACGACCAGGCACCUCUAAACCCCGGAAUUUACAGUCAGAAGACUGCUAACACGGCGCUGGAGGAGAGAUCUAAGAGCUCUGGUGAAAUCAAAGCUGAGCCCGUGCAAACAGCACAACAAGGAGGACCACAACUGCAGCAGCAACAACCUCCACAAAUUUACCCGUGGAUGACCAAACUACACAUGAGCCAUGAAACGGAUGGCAAACGGUCCCGGACCAGCUACACCCGCUACCAAACUCUGGAACUGGAGAAAGAAUUUCAUUUUAACAGAUACCUCACCCGGCGGAGGCGCAUUGAGAUAGCCAACAACCUGUGCUUGAACGAGAGACAGAUCAAAAUAUGGUUUCAAAACCGGAGGAUGAAGUGGAAGAAAGAUUCCAAGUUGAAAAGCAAAGAGGCUCUUUAGGUGGGCUCGCAGGAGAUGGGGGUCCAGCUCUUUCCACGAGUUCUGGUGUAAGCUACCUUGAGGAAACUUUUAUUUCGGGGUGGGGAGGGAGGGAGAUGCUGAAUGGACUCUGGUCCGUACCCUCACAAAUCCGUCAGACAAAGGAGAUCUCUUGUUAGUAUGCAAAAACCCGCUGUUAGCUUCAUGCAAAAUUUAGUGUAUCGCUCUUUAGGUUGUUACUAAGUGUCCUAACCUGUGCGCUCUUUGGGGAAAAAAAAAAAAUCACCGUGAGGUUGCUCGAAAAAAAAAAAAAAAAGAAAGAAAGAAAAAGAAAAAAAAAAAAGGCUAAAAAAUAUAUAAAUCCGCAGGGUGGCUGGGUCGUGAUCCGUCAGCUCUAAAAAUUGCAAUAUUCAUAGGAAAAAAAAUAAAAAUAGAAAAAAAGAAUCAGAGAGCUGGCGAAGGAGGAAAAGAACAAAAAACCCAGAGCCAAACGCCAAGCCUGAAGUCCCAGCCUCCUCUUUGCCCUCUGCUCGCCCUUCUGGGGAAAGGAAAUGGCUGGUGUGUGUUUGGGGGGCGGGGGGGGGUGAGCCCCCAUCUGCCUGCCGGGAUGCUCGGGCAGGACCCCCCCGCUCUGCUCCCUGAAGUCGGAAGGAAAAUGUUGACCCUGGCUGCGGCUCGGCAAAGCCUCACCGCUGCCUCCCUGCACUUGUCCUCAGCCCCCCGCAAAGCCUCGCAGAGGGGCCGGGGGGGGUCCCCGGGGGGGCUUUUCGUGGCACUCGGAUGGCGUUAUUUUAUUAUUAUUUGCAUAUAAAAGAAAUGAAUAGACCGGGAGACACCGGCUUGCGCGGACCCUCCGAAAUCUCCGGGCAGGAGAGUGCAGCAUGGGAGGUGGGGGAGGGAGAAAUAGCCUCUGGACUUAAUAUUAUUGUGUAUUUAUUUGUUGCGUAAUUAAUGUAGAUUUGCUAAAUGCUAAGAUAUAUAUUAAAAGGCCAAGGCGAACCCAGAUUUGUACAUCUUUGUCUAAAUUCAGUCCAUUGCAGUAACUUUUUUUUUUUCUUUAAUUCCGCAAUAAUGUACUCGGUAUAUUUAUUGGGUGCCGCUUCGUGUGCGAGAGGACCAUGAAACUUAUAUUUUGUCAUAUGGAAUAAACAGUAAAUAACCCAAAAA